AUGUAUGCAACCAGUGACCGUCAAGGGGAUCUGAAAGCUAAGCCUGUGAGGCGGGAUAUUCGCCGAGGUGCGAUGAACCUUAAAAAUGGAGCCAUGAAAAUCUGGUACGGGCUGGCCGAGGCCUUAGGCAUGGAAACCCGAAACGUGUCCAGCGCCUACCUCCUCCCCGUCCUCAACAGCCGCGGCGGCGGACCGGGCACACUGUACGGCGGCGCCUCCCACACCGCCGUCGCCGGCGGCGGCUCCUACCACGAGACCAUCAACCUCUCCCCCAAAGCCAUCACCGCCCUUCGCACCACCAAGAUGCUUCAAUCCCUCGGCCAAAAAGUCAUCUUCUCCAACGACCCGUACGUCAACUCCGCCUUCGAGUCCCUCAUCACGACCCGCGUCUCCGGAGUACCCCAGGACCUGGCGCCCGACCUUACAGAGCUCAUCACCCGCAAGCCGCCCGGCGGGAAACUGAGGCCCCGUGGGUCGAAGGCGGCCGCGCUGAAGCGCGCCAAGCGCCUCGUGGGCGCGGGGGCAGUGCCCGUGGCGUCGGAGGUGCCGUUCGCCGAUGCGCUGCGCGUGUGCGACCUGGAGCGGGAUAAGGGUGCGCUGCCGGCGCUGCUGCGCGCCUACGUGUUCAACAAGGCCCGUGUGGUGGUGCCCAAGCUGGAGGAGUACUGUGAGGCGAUGGGGCGGUUGAGACCGGCGCCCAUGUUGCAAGCGGCGGCGCUGCUCAUGCAGGCGGGGUACUUCUUUGCUGCCAUCAAGGUGGUGUACAGUAACUACGACGCGCUCCAGGCCACCCUCACCGAGCUGGAGUCCCUCAUCUCGAAUCACAUGGACUCGGGGGACUGGGACACCGCGGCAGCGCUGUGGAACUGGCGGGACCCGGACAGGGAGCUGUUCCUGAAGCAGUUCAAGGAGCUGAAGAUCAUCGCCUACUACCUGGAUGUCCGAAAGCAGCUGAGGGCGCUCAAGGAGCAGGGGGUGGUGGCGCUGGCCCGCGUGGAGAGGGAGAUGCUGCUCAAGGUUGUUCAGGACUUCCGUAUGCAGCUAGCUGAGGACUAUGCCGCCUACCAAGCUCAGCUAGCCAAGGAGGCGGAGGAGCGGGCCAGGGCCAAGGCACGACUGGAGGCGCAGGCGCGUGCUGCCGCCGAAGCCGCAGCUCGCCGUGCGGAGGAGGCGGCCCGCGUGGAGGCCCGCGCGCGCGCAGCCAUGGAAGCCAAGGCCCGUCGCGAAGCGGAGAUGCGAGAGAAGGCCAGGGAGAUGGAGCGCAAGCGCGAGGAGGUGCGCCGGCGCGCGGAGCAGGGCAAGCAUCGCAGCCGCUCCUCAUCCUCCAUGCGGAACCUGCGGCCGCCGGAGUACGCGCUCAUGGCCGGUGCGGCGGCGGCCAUGUUUGAGGAGGGUGCGGCGCCGCAAGACGACGGUCCCCUGGUUGAACCUGAGCCGACGGAGUUGGACUUGACGGAUCCGGGCACGAUGACUGAACCAGGUGUGGAGGUGAGUGAGGUGAUGGCAGCGCCGGGGGCGGAGCUGAGCGACCCGGUCGUUGCGGCGGAGGCGGCGGAUCGGGUUCCGGAUCUGCGAGUGAGCAGCAGCUCCGGCGGCGCCGGCAGCCGCCGUGCGUCGGCAGGCAGCAGCGGCGGCAGCAGACACAGCAGCAUAGUGGCGCGCUUGUCGGAGGACCUGGAGAUGGCGGCGGCGGCGGCGGCGCUGCUCCAGCCGGAACCUGAGCCGGAGCCGUUGCCCGUCCGGCCGCCGGUCCGCGUGCACCUCCGGCCUGGGAGCCAGGGACAGCUGCGGAUGCAGUUGAGCAUGGACGGACGGAGAAGCUCGUCAGAGCCGUCGGCAUCCGAGUCGCAGCAGCAGGUAGCGCAGGAGUCGCCGCUAGCCGGACGGCCACCGGUCCGCGUGCACCUUCGUCCCAACAGUCGCGGCCUGAGGAUGCAACUGAGUGUGGACGAUUCGGAGGCGGAGGAGCUGAGGCGGGGUAUCGAGGACUUGCGACGGAGUAUGAGUCAGGAGCGGCGGCGAACCCACGAGGCGGCGGAGCAGAUGAAGCAGAUGGCGAAGAAGGGCGGCAGUCGGCCGUCCACAGCCACACCCGCCAUCCGCCUCAACAUCAACCUGCUAGCGGGAACCACGGAUGAGAAGCUAGCGCUGCGUGGAUUCCAUUUGUGGUCCGCUGUGAGGAGGGCUAGGAUUCAGGGGCAUGUGGGUGGGUGGGAUAGCGUGAUGUGCUCGCCAGCGCCGCCUGCUAUGAUGGAGAAGGCGCUGGAGGCCGAGCGCGCUGAGUUCCAGAGGCGGCUAGAGGAGGAGCGGGCGGCGCUGGCUGCCGUACUGGCAGCGGAAAAGUCAAAAUUGGAGGAGCAUCUCAACACGCAGAAGAAGCUUUUUGACGAGGAGCGGCAACGGUUGCUCCGAGACCUGUACGAGCAGCAGGGUCGUGAUCUGGAUCAGCAGCUGUUGGCGUCCAAUCAGAGCAUCGAGCAGCUGCGGCAGCAGAGGGACCGGUUGCGGUCCGCGGGGGGUAACGCGGGGGGGAGCCGCAAUUCAUCGGCACGCAAUGCGGCGGCAGCGGAGGAGGCGGCGAGGCUGGAGGGGGCGGUCAAGAUGCUUGAGAAGAAGUUGGAUGACGAGCUUUCCCAUGUACGGCAAUUGGAGGACGAGAAAUCCCGGGUGGAGAAGGAGCGGCAGGCGCUCGAGGCGGCUCAGAAGAUGUUGGAGGCGCAGAAGAGCCAGGCGGAGCUGGAGAAGGCCAAGGCGGAGCAGGAGAAGGGCGCGCUGCAAGAGCAAAUUGCCAAAACCAUGCGCAUGUUCCAAGAGCAGCUGGCGCAAACGGUCAAGAUGGCCGCCAUGCUGCAGGCACAGCGCAUCUUGGGCGCAGCUACCGGCGGCACAGCGCCACCCCUAGCCGGCCUGGGCGGCACCCUCAUGGCGCAGUCCUCCAACGGGACCAUCGGUCUCAACACCACGGGCAUGAGCGGCCUUCCCGGGCUGAUGUCGCAGAUGCCAUCGGGGCUGGGGAGCUCUCAAGGUCCCUUGAUGGGCACUGGGACGUCGACGCCCGCGACUGCGGGGCUCAGCGGGACGUUGUCGGCAUCUCCGACGAUGGGCGCCGCCGCGGCGGCGGCGACGGCGUCGAUGUUGCCGCAGCCUCUGGCGGCGCUGCCGAGCGAUGUGGACGACCCGCCGACUCAAGACGAGAUUAUUGCGUACGGCAAGUACCUUGGCAUGGACGUGUUGGAGGACGCGGACCUUUUGUACAUCGCGGAGUGGGCUCUGACCGCCCCCCUUCCGGAAGGCUGGACGGUGCACCUGGACGGUGAGGGCAACGAGUUCUUCUACAACGCCGCCACAAACGCCUCCACGUACGAGCACCCGAUGGACGAACAUUACCGUGCCUACUAUCGAAAGAUGAAGGAACAGAAGCAGCUUGCCAAGAUGUCCGACGCGCAGCAGCAGCAGCAGCAGCAGGCGCAGUAG